GCACCCUUCGGUCAUUUCAUCGAUGUUUGUCCCAGUUCAGAAAAGUACCCAUUAUAACAUUGACUGUUAUUCGUCGUAAAUCGUAAAUUUCAGCAACUUAUUUAUUAUUAUGGAAUGCAAUGGUUAUACUUUUCUGAAAUGAGGCAGCCUCGGUGGCGGAGGCAGCCGACAUAAGCGACCUCUGGAGGGAGCAGCCUUCGAAAUGAAACACAAUUGUUACUCCUCUCCACAAAAGUUGAAAGAUCCUACUAAAAUAGAGUGGUAUUCCCCGUAGUUACACCCACUCGAAAACAUUACCUGAAACACUAACAACAACAAUAUUAUAGGCUUUAGAUUGCCUAUAUUUUACUGAUAUGGCUUGCGAAGUCUCGCAGGAUGACCAGAUUGGAGAAGCACUCUUAAUCGGGGUGGUAAGAAAUGAGGUGAUGAGCGUAGCAACCGAGGUACAUGCAGCCCCACCAGCCCUUCCCGAAGCUCGACCAAUAAGCAACAGCCAGGACCAGAAACUUGUUGAGCAGCUGGCGGAGACCAUCAAAGUGAUCGGUGAUAGGCUCGAUCAGGAUAAAGCAUUCAAUGACAUGAUUGAUGGCUUAGUAAAAGUGGCUGAUAAGAGAAGUUUCUGGGAACUUGUGGAAAAGGUUUUCACAGAUGGCCAAAUCAACUGGGGGAGAAUUAUAGUGCUGUUCUAUUCAGUUGGAAAACUGUCUGCAAAGAUGGUCCUUGCACACUUACCCACAAUUGUUUCAGACAUUUUGACCUUAAGUCUGGAUUACUUCAGGAGGAUUCUGUUGGAAUGGAUUCGCAAAAUGGGAGGAUGGAUGCACAGUAUCCCUGCGCUGGCCUGUUUCUCCUUUGAGCAAUUUUCUGCUUCUUCACUUAGUAAAUAUUCUUCCUAUUUUGGAGCCGCAUUGGCCUUCACUGGUGGCCUACUGCUAGGUGGCUUCAUCGUCUCUAAAUUUCCAAGAAAUAGCUGAGGAAGAAAAUGAAGAUGUUGCAACAGAAGUGUCCAUAACGUUGAACUUGGGCGAAACAUGUUACAUCUGCAUUUUGUAAUUUGCCCCUUUUUUAUUGUAAUAUGCCUUUAUUUUAUAUGUAUUUAUACUGUUUUGUAGAAAACACAUUGAAUAUGGUCAGUGUUAAUUGAUUUAAAGACUGGCACAUGUUUAUUCAGGAUCAGGACAGAUUGUUGGGAUAAAGCUGAGCCUAAGCUUUUUACUGAAAAUUGACACAUGAUAUUACAAUAGUGAUUUGUAUAAUCUGGCUUGUUCCCUCUUUUGUUCAUUUAAAUAUUUGGCAUUGAAUGUGAUUAAAGUCCCGAUAAUUUGUAUGUGAAAAUGUAUGUUUUAAAAAAAUGAUGGUUCUGUAAUAAAAUAUAAAAUAG